AUGAUGCGCGCGAAUGAAUCACUUAUUGGUGGCGCCGUUGUCAACGACGGCGGCGGCGGCGGCGACGAGGGACGUCUCUUUUCGUCGACCUCGCACCUCAGUGCCUACUGUCCCCCUUACCAAACCGAUGGCUAUCUUUUCCCUUGUCGUUCGCAAUGCGGAUGUUGCCGGGCGCGCCUCUUUCAACAAAGAGAGCGAUGCGAACAGCUCAGGAGGUAUGCCGAUUGCGACAGACAACAGGAUGAAGAACUUGUCGAAGAAGAACUACAGAAACAGAAAGAAGUUUCGAUUUCGAACCCGCCUUCUGCUGGCCGUUCUCCUCCACCAUUCUGCCAGCGCCCCUCUAGGCUCACUACUACACCGCAACUUGCUACAGCUCGCUGUUGGCAGUGGUCGUCAAGCGGCGGCGGCGGCGGCGGCGGCGGUGGCAGCGGCGGUGGCGGCUCUUUGGUCGCUUUGGUCUCUGAUUGCUGCACGAUGAAUGAGCGCUAUCUGGGCGAUGCCAGUGACCAUCAUCGCUGUCAAGAUGUUGACCCUGGAAGAGGCCGCGGUUCCCAUGCUGGUCGUGUUCCUCCUCCUCCUCGACAUUACUUGUCGCUCCUCCUAACUGUGAUUACACGUAAGUAG